CGCUCCGCUUUAAGAUGACCGUGACGAGCAUGGCGAAGCCCCGACGCCUAGGGUUUCCGAUUUAGCUUUCUCUGCCCUUCGUUUCGACGACCUCCGAUCCCUAUCGGUCGUGCUCGCCAUUUGCGGCUCAAACGCUGUCGUCGUCGAAAGGAUUGGGUCAGUUCGAUUCGCCUCUUCCCGUCUCCUCCUCCAUGGGUCGUGCUUGGUCGUCGUUGCCUGGAUCGUCUGAUAUGGUUAUCUUUCUUGGUUCAUGAGGCGUUGCUGUGAGGUUACCUGGAUCAUGCAUUAGUUGUUUUGCUGGCUUGUCAAAAUGGAUAGACAACCAAGCCCUGAAAUAGAUGGUGAGCUUUUUGAUGAAAUUUAUGGGAAGGAAUAUGCUGGUCCUCUGCGAUCAAAAUCUGACUCUGCCACACCAAAAGGAGAUACAAACAAGAGGCCCUUUUCUGGUAGUCAAUCUGAUGAGGAAGAUGAGCCUCGAGAUCCUAAUGCUGUACCAACUGAUUUUACGAGCAGAGAGGCGAAGGUUUGGGAGGCUAAAGCCAAGGCGACUGAAAGGAACUGGAAGAAAAGAAAAGAUGAAGAAAUGAUAUGCAAGAUCUGUGGAGAGAGGGGUCAUUUUACUCAGGGAUGCCCAUCUACUCUUGGAGCAAAUCGUAAAUCCACAGAUUUUUUUGAAAGAGUUCCAGCAAGAGACAAGAAUGUGAGAGCUCUUUUCUCUGAUAAGGUGAUAAAUCAAAUUGAAAAGGAUAUUGGUUGUAAGAUAAAAAUGGACGAGAAGUUUCUGUUUGUCAGUGGAAGGGAUAGAUUAGUUUUGACAAAAGGUGUAGAUGCUGUGCAUAAAGUGAUUCAGGAUGGUAAGGAUAGAAAGAGAAGUCCAAGUAAUUCAAACAGAUAUGACUCCAGAUCACUUGAUGGAAGUCCCAAAGGUUCUCAAGUAAGACGCUCUGAAUCUCAGAGAUCUCAUUCUAGUCCUAGAAGCACGUCGCGCAUCCCAGGCAGGGGUUUUAACCGGGAAAGGCCCGCAAAUGAUAAUGUACGUCAAGAGCUGCGUAAAAUGUCUAGGGGCUCUCCACGAGCUUACUUUAAUGGAGGAGGAAAAGACCAUCCAGCACCAUCAAAAUCUCCUCUCCAUUCGACUUCUGGUCGUGAUGCAUUUAAAUCAUAUGAUGGACGCAAUCAUCAUACUUCAAUGCAUGACCACAGCUGGGAUAUUGAGAGACAGAGAAUGGAUUCCCACUCUGAGCAUAAGUUUGACUUUUCUAACUACCCUCGAUACUUAGAAGAACUUGAAUCAGAAUUUAAGAAGGAGAUUAUGGAGAUUGGAAGGAUACAUGAUCAAGAAGAGGAUGAAGAGAAUUACAAGCACCGUGAGUGCAUUAGACAGCUGAGGGAGGAUUACAUGAAGAAGCUGGCUAUUAUGAGGGGUAUGCACAGGAAGCAGUGGAAAGAAUUUCUUCAGCUUGAUAUCCAAAGGCGGCAACAAGCACGUCAGACUGCCUAUAACCAACCAUCUUUGGCUGAGUAUGAUCUGUCUACCAGGAAUAUGCAGUAUCUUGGGUCUAGUUUACAUAUGGAUUCCACAAAUAGAUACCAAUACCCUGGUGAGAACUAUUCAGCUCCAAGGCCACAUGAGGCAUAUGGUGAAUUACAGCGUCAGAGGCAUGAAGAUUUUGGGAAUGCGUAUGGUCGAUACUAAUCAGGAAUGUAUCUGGUGGUGAGUUGAUCUUUUCUAUUUGAUUGUUUCAAAGUUGGAAAGGAAGUUAGAAUCAUGCUUUAACAUUAUUUUCAACGUGAUGCCUUUUGUCUAUCUACCUUUGGAAGGACGAAGUUAUUGUUUUUGGCUCUAGCUUGUGAGGUAAGUGCUCGGGUCAGAAUAUUGACCGGCUCUCAAAUUGGAAAGCUUCUGUUAGAUGUCAGUGCAUGCAAAAUCGAUGAUGUCCGACACUUAAAGAGUUAUAUGAUGGAUGUUGUUGGUUAUCUGACUGUACUUUUGCCCUAAUACUUUGUGGCCAAAUUUUCAGGGUGCAAUAUGGAAAUUCAAGUUAAAAAGAUUGCUGAUUCUGUGGUAAGCUUCCAGUCUCUUUAUCUUUGAGGUUUAAGGAUCCACUGUUCUACAGUCUUAACUGUUUCUGCAAUAUUCAGCAGUUUGCAUUUCAGAUACUUCAAGAAAUGCAUUUGCCUUGGAAUGGAGGGUUCAUCACAUUGACAUGAGAUAGAUAUGUAUCUUGCUGGUAGUGAGACUAUCGUUGGUUCUUUGAUUAGAUGUAGUCUAAUCAACACUUCUUUACGCAUGUAGAGAAACUCUCUGAGUCGGUAAUAUUUUUUGGUACUAACUAAGGAAAAGGUUAUGUCGGCAUGAAGUCAUAUAAUACCGAUAAAGGAUGGAAAUCAGGGCAGCCUGCAGUUGUCUUGCCUGUUAUGGCUAUUGUUUCGGAUAAUAUGAUCAUGAACAUGCUGUUUGUGAUUUUUGCAUGGUGACUAGAGACAUAUGGGUGUAUCAUUUAGUUCACAGUUUUGGUGCCAACUGCUACAAAGUUGAUGUGUUCAUGGCACCUAACCUAGGUGCCCGUUAGGUACAUGCUAUGCCUGCUGGAUGUUAGUGUUAUGUGGAUGUGCAAGCUUACCAACAAAGAUUUACCUGCAAUCAGUUUGGUUUGUGUUUGGCCCGUUGUUUUUGCCACCAGAUUCAGCCACAAGUGAGCCUUUUGAUCAAAGUCUUUGGCUGCAUAUACAUAAGUCAAUUUCUAAUAUCAUAGAUUGAUUGUGGAGAUUUCUGGGAGUAUCAUCUUAUAUUCCGUUGAAAUAGUCAGUAUUGAUGCUGCUUUUCUCUGUUUUUGAAGUCUGACUGUGUUUUUAUUCGGGUUCUGUCUUCUUUCAUCGCUCAUAGCUCAUCAGAUGUGCAGCGAAUUUUGUACCCACGAUAAACAGUGUUGGAUUAAUAAAACCUUUUAAAUUCCUGAUGUGCUC